AUGGUUGUCUACUCCUUCUACAUCUUCGAUCGCCACGCGGAAUGUGUCUAUAAGCGGCGUUGGCUCCCCCGUCCGAGCUCGUUCGGCGGGAAAUCGUCACGCCCAACCUCGGAGGCGUCUGCUCCGGCGACUGGGUUGCCCUCUGUCUUGGGCCAAUCUGCGCAGACCACCGACGACGAUGCCAAGUUGAUCUUUGGCACGGUCUUCUCUUUACGGAACAUGGCUCGCAAGCUCGGGGGUGACGAUGAUAGCUUCGUCAGCUACCGCACCAGUCAAUACAAGCUCCAUUACUACGAAACUCCUACGAACAUCAAGUUUGUCAUGCUCACCGAUAUCAAGAGUCCAAGCAUGCGGGUGGCAUUGCAACAGAUUUACAUCAAUCUAUAUGUUGAAUAUGUGGUUAAAAACCCCUUAUCCCCGGUUGAACAUCCCGGGGGCGUCGGUGUGAACAAUGAGCUCUUCGAGGAGUCACUGGAACAAUUUGUGGUAUGUGCCCCGGCCCUUUCUGUUUCAACGGGUUCCAAUUGA